GGUUUAAAAAUUCGCAUGAGUUAGAUGUUGAUAUGUGUCAACCAUUUAUUGACUAUUUUAAUUUACUACGGAAACUUUAUUGGUUAGGUCCAAAAGGCAUAACGUAUCUCUCUCGAAUCUCAAUAAUCAAAGAUAUAAGGUAGCCAGCGUUUCGGUCCCCAAAUAAACGGUUCAUCUCAAGGGUUAAAUUGUGGUAUAUAUUUGACUAUUAGUUACGGCUUGCUUUAGGUCAACAAUUUUGGUUGACUUGUUUUAUAGUUAAUUGAUUAGAGUUAAGGUAGUUGCUGCAUUGCCUUGAAGGUGUUCGAUGAAUUGUCUCAGUGAGUUUAGUAGAGUAAAGAUGAUUGAGAAAUUCGGUAAACAAGUUGUUGUUUAUCUCAAAGAAGAUCAGUGGAUUGUUUUGUUUGUCAAUUCCUUUUCUUCACUGUUAUUAGCUUUAAGUCAAGGUCCUCUAACUUAUGGGUCCUCCAGAGUUGAUUUUGAGAUUGGAAAGUCAACUUUUUUAAUCAGAGUCACAAAUGCAAGAGAUAAGAUAUGUUAUCCUCUUUUGGUUCAAUUUCAUUAUGUGAAAGAUCUAAAGAAGCUUUCUUUAAACAAAGAAGUUGAUUUGAACAUUCUACAGUUUCAUGAUUUCAGCUCUGUAACUGUAUAGCUAUAGUCCUCUGUGUGCCAAAAAGGACUAGCUCAAAUUCUCCUGUGUCUCUUAUAUGUUUCUCUUUGUAAUCACAUGUUAGGUAUGGCUCAAGGCAGGGAGCGAAUUCCUGAGCGAUGGACCUAUGAUGUGUUUGUAAGUUUCCGUGGAGCAGAUGUGCGGAAGAACUUUCUGAGCCAUCUUUACGAUUCUCUCAGAAGAUGUGGUAUAAGCACAUUCAUGGAUGAUGUGGAAUUGCAAAGAGGAGAAUAUAUUUCCCCGGAGCUACUGAAUGCCAUUGAAACCUCGAAAAUUCUCAUUGUUGUUUUAACAAAGGACUACGCAUCAUCGGCUUGGUGUCUUGAUGAACUUGUUCACAUUAUGAAAAGCCACAAAAAUAAUCCCUCUCACAUGGUUUUUCCAAUUUUCUUGUACGUGGACCCAUCAGACAUACGCUGGCAGCAAGGGUCAUAUGCUAAAUCAUUUUCUAAACACAAAAACAGUCACCCAUUAAACAAGCUAAAGGAUUGGAGGGAAGCUUUAACAAAAGUAGCAAAUAUAUCUGGGUGGGACAUCAAAAAUCGGAAUGAAGCAGAAUGUAUUGCAGAUAUCACUAGAGAGAUUCUCAAAAGACUGCCCUGCCAGUACCUGCAUGUACCGUCAUAUGCUGUAGGUCUGAGAUCACGCCUACAACACAUUUCUUCACUACUGAGCAUAGGUUCGGAUGGAGUCCGGGUUAUAGUGAUCUAUGGAAUGGGUGGGAUCGGUAAAACAACAUUAGCGAAAGUGGCGUUUAACGAAUUCUCACAUCUUUUUGAAGGAUCAAGUUUCCUAGAAAAUUUUAGGGAAUAUUCCAAGAAGCCAGAGGGAAGAACUCAUCUGCAGCAUCAACUUCUCUCUGACAUUUUAAGGAGGAAUGACAUAGAGUUCAAAGGCCUUGAUCAUGCGGUAAAAGAAAGAUUUCGCAGUAAACGUGUACUUCUUGUAGUUGAUGAUGUUGAUGACGUACACCAGCUUAAUUCAGCAGCUAUAGAUCGAGAUUGCUUUGGCCAUGGAAGUAGGAUAAUAAUUACCACAAGAAAUAUGCAUUUGUUAAAGCAACUAAGAGCGGAAGGAAGCUAUUCACCAAAGGAACUUGAUGGUGAUGAAUCUCUUGAACUUUUCAGUUGGCAUGCAUUUAGAACAAGUGAACCACCGAAAGAGUUUCUUCAGCACUCGGAAGAAGUAGUUACAUACUGUGCAGGACUACCCUUGGCUGUGGAAGUCUUGGGUGCUUUUCUCAUCGAGAGAAGCAUUCGUGAGUGGGAAAGCACGUUAAAAUUGUUGAAACGAAUCCCUAAUGAUAACAUUCAAGCGAAACUUCAGAUAAGUUUUAAUGCGCUAACUAUCGAACAGAAAGAUGUAUUCUUGGACAUUGCUUGUUUUUUCAUUGGGGUGGAUAGUUACUAUGUUGCCUGCAUAUUGGACGGAUGCAACUUAUACCCUGACAUAGUACUCAGUCUGCUGAUGGAAAGGUGUCUCAUUACUAUUUCUGGUAACAAUAUAAUGAUGCAUGAUUUAUUACGAGACAUGGGAAGACAAAUUGUCCGAGAAAUAUCUCCCAAGAAAUGUGGAGAACGUAGCAGACUGUGGAGUCAUAAUGAUGUCGUCGGUGUACUGAAAAAGAAAUCAGGUACAAAUGCAAUAGAAGGACUUAGCCUGAAAGCCGACGUUAUGGAUUUCCAGUACUUCGAGGUUGAAGCAUUUGCAAAGAUGCAGGAGCUGAGAUUGUUAGAACUUAGAUAUGUAGAUCUCAAUGGAAGCUAUGAGCAUUUCCCAAAAGAUCUACGAUGGUUGUGUUGGCAUGGGUUUUCUUUAGAAUGUUUUCCUAUAAACUUAAGCUUGGAAAGUUUAGCCGCUUUGGACUUGCAGUACAGCAACCUUAAACGAUUUUGGAAAGCUCAAUCGCCUCCUCAACCAGCAAAUAUGGUGAAAUACCUCGAUCUCAGUCAUUCUGUCUACCUCAGAGAGACUCCAGAUUUCUCUUACUUCCCAAACGUCGAGAAGCUUAUACUGAUCAAUUGCAAAAGCUUGGUUUUGGUUCACAAGUCAAUUGGGAUUCUUGACAAAAAGCUGGUACUAUUAAAUCUAAGCAGUUGCAUCGAGCUUGACGUUCUCCCUGAGGAAAUCUAUAAGUUGAAGUCACUUGAAUCUCUCUUUCUCUCAAACUGCUCAAAACUUGAGAGACUGGAUGAUGCUUUAGGGGAAUUGGAAUCCUUGACAACUCUUCUUGCAGAUUUUACAGCUCUAAGGGAAAUCCCCUCUACGAUCAAUCAGCUGAAGAAACUGAAAAGGUUAUCUCUUAACGGCUGCAAAGGUUUAUUGAGUGAUGAUAUCGACAAUCUAUAUUCUGAAAAGAGCCAUUCUGUUUCUCUAUUGCGUCCAGUCUCAUUAAGUGGUUUAACCUACAUGAGAAUUUUAUCUCUAGGUUACUGCAAUCUAUCUGAUGAACUGAUCCCGGAAGAUAUUGGGAGUUUAUCUUUCCUCCGGGAUCUUGAUUUACGAGGCAACAGUUUUUGCAAUUUGCCAACAGAUUUCGCUACUCUACCGAAUCUCGGUGAACUCCUAUUGAGUGACUGCUCAAAACUUCAAUCCAUCCUUAGUUUACCUAGAAGCUUAUUAUUUUUGGACGUAGGAAAAUGCAUCAUGUUGAAAAGAACUCCAGAUAUUUCUAAAUGCUCGGCAUUGUUUAAAUUGCAACUCAACGACUGCAUCAGCCUUUUUGAGAUCCCAGGGAUCCAUAAUCAUGAAUACCUGAGUUUCAUCGUCUUGGAUGGGUGCAAACUCGCAUCUACUGAUACUACUAUUAACACCAUGCUUGAGAAUUGGCUUAAGAGGAACCAUGAAUGCAUAUAUAUCCCAGUCGAUCGUCCAAACGUCAUUCCAAACUGGGUUUACUUUGAGGAGGAGAAGCGUUCAUUCUCUAUUACAGUUCCUGAAACUGAUAACUCUGAUACCGUGGUAGGGUUCACCUUAUGGAUGAACUUCGUGUGUCCAAUGGGAUACAGCUCCAUAUACCCCCGGGCUAUCAUAGUGAGGAAUCUUACCAGAGGCAGUGCAUGGAUACAUAGCCUUAAGAAUUCGAAAAUUCGGAUUCAGAUGAAUGCCAACCUUUUGACCAACGAUUUUCACAUAGUAACAGGUGACGAAAUAGAAGUUGAUGUUGAUUGCGAUGAUAGAUUCACGAUUCUAGCAACAGGAAUUGCUCUUUGUUACAAAGCAAGAGACUCCUCAGAUUUUAGCUUUGGUGAUAUUAAGUUUACAUACGAAGAAGAUGAUCUUGGCUAUGCUAGUAAUGGUAUAUAUUUAGAUUGUCAUCGAUCAAAGUAUGGACAUGAUUCAUUACAGGCAGUUGUACAUUGGAAAAUUAGUUAUCCGAUGGAUGGGGAAACGUCAAACCUAUUCGCUUGUAGCUUUUUCCCGGGAAUCUCCAGGUACCAAGAAAAUAAUCAACCAGUUGUAGACGUGGAGGAAAGCAAUCACAGACCUCGCAGGAAAAUGAGAAUGAGUCUAUGGAAAAUUUUGGGAGCAAUCGGCUUCUUGACACUUGUUGUGGUUCUUGAAGUAUACUUUGAACUCUUGAGCUCCAUUUUUGCCAAUUCGACAACUGAUUACAUUAUGUUACCCACUUGAUUUUGUGGAACUCAAGUUGGUUUCUUUCUCGGCUUAUAUGGUUUUGUUAUUGUCAUCCAUUUUCGAAAAAAUGGUUCGUGCUAUAGUGUUGUACCCGUAGAACACAAAGGAUAUUGCAUCGUUUAAUACAGUAUAUAUUGGUGUAGUGAUAACUUAUUUGCAGGGAACUCUUAAUAGGGUGAAGCUAUUGGAAAUUCUACUUCUCUCAGGCUGCUCAAAACUUGAGAUGUAACAAGAAGCUUUCAAAGAAAUGGAAUCACUGACUUCACUUGUUUCAGUGUAGUACAUCUCUUAGUUAAAUUUCAUAAGUAAUCCAACCACAGAGGA